ACCCCGCCUCAGCCAAUGGCGUCGCUCCGCUCUCGCUGUUUGCCGAUUCUGUCCCUUUAUCGUCGAGCCCGGCGCGUCGCGCGCUCCUUCUCUGUCUGCGCGCACGAGGAAGAGCUAGCAUCGUCCUUGCACACCGUUAGGCCGCUAAGAUCCAGAACCAUGUCUAUCCUGAAGAUCCAUGCUCGUGAGAUUUUUGACUCUCGUGGUAACCCCACCGUGGAGGUUGAUCUCUACACCAAGAAAGGACUUUUCAGGGCUGCGGUGCCCAGUGGCGCUUCCACAGGCAUCUAUGAGGCUCUGGAACUUCGCGACAAUGACAAAACGCGCUACAUGGGCAAAGGUGUGUCAAAAGCUGUUGAUCAUAUCAAUAAAUCAAUUGCACCUGCACUGGUUAACCAGAAGGUGAACGUCCUGGAACAGGAGAAGAUCGACAACCUGAUGUUGGAGAUGGAUGGCACAGACAACAAGUGUAAGAACCAAGUUGGUGCGAAUGCCAUCCUGGGAGUCUCCCUGGCUGUGUGCAAGGCUGGAGCAGCAGAGAAGGACGUGCCACUCUACCGCCACAUUGCUGACCUGGCAGGCAACCCUGAAGUCAUUCUCCCUGUCCCUGCUUUCAAUGUAAUAAAUGGUGGCUCCCAUGCAGGCAACAAGCUGGCCAUGCAGGAGUUUAUGAUCCUGCCUGUGGGAGCCAGCAGCUUCAAGGAGGCCAUGCGCAUUGGUGCUGAAGUCUACCACAACCUGAAGAAUGUAAUCAAGGAGAAAUAUGGCAAGGAUGCAACUAACGUAGGUGAUGAGGGCGGCUUUGCACCCAAUAUCCUGGAGAAUAAGGAAGCUCUGGAGCUGCUGAAGAAUGCCAUCGCCAAAGCUGGCUACACUGACAAGAUUGUUAUUGGCAUGGAUGUGGCUGCCUCUGAGUUUUAUAAGGGUGGCAAGUACGAUCUAGACUUCAAGUCUCCUGAUGACCCAAACCGCUACAUCUCUUCUGACAAGCUGGGUGACCUGUACAAGAGCUUUGUCAACAAUUACCCAGUGGUGUCUAUCGAGGAUCCCUUUGACCAGGAUGACUGGGAGGCAUGGACCAAAUUCACAGCUGGCACCACCAUCCAAGUGGUGGGUGAUGACCUCACAGUCACUAACCCCAAACGCAUCGCCAAGGCUGUGACUGAGAAGGCCUGCAACUGCCUGCUGCUGAAAGUCAACCAGAUCGGCUCUGUCACAGAAUCCCUGAAUGCAUGCAAGUUGGCUCAGAGCAACGGCUGGGGUGUAAUGGUCAGCCAUCGCUCUGGUGAGACAGAGGACACCUUCAUCGCUGACCUUGUGGUUGGUCUCUGCACUGGACAGAUCAAGACGGGUGCACCGUGCCGUUCUGAGCGUCUGGCCAAGUACAACCAGCUACUCAGGAUUGAAGAGGAGCUUGGUGACAAAGCCCAUUUUGCUGGCCAGAACUUCAGACACCCCAUCUGAGCUGGUCGUCUUCUGCGUGUUCAUCAAUGCUCAUAUAUAAUAUUCAUACGUCAUGCUAGGUCGCCUGUCCUGUUGGUAUAGAAGGAGCACCACUGAAAUCCAAGGUCCAAGUCUGGUCUGUGGUGUCAGAAGCUGCAGUACAUCUCAAGUACACCACUGACCAGCUCAUCCUCACACUGUGCUUUAGCUCCAAAAUGGUGUCAGUCCAAUUCAUGUCCUUGUAACGGAGAGGUUUUUGUUCAGCUUCUUGUGUGUUGUUGUGAUUCGUGGUCCUCUGAGUAUGUGAGCUACUGUAACUUUAGUGUGACUCUGUUCUGAGCACAGGCAAAAGUACUGUAUUUACAAUGUGUUGCAUCUAACAAGCUCUUGUUGCUGAAAAGCCUCUGCACAAAUAUGAAAUAAACAAUAUAGUUUGAAAUGU